AGUUGCUUUAGGUUCAAGUAUGCGUUUGAAACAUGUAGAAGCCGGGCCAGUGGCAUCAUGCUGGCUGAAGGCUCCAUGGGUGCAUGCUGCGUUUUGGGCCACCGCUGCUGCGGUGGCGGUGCUCACUUACUGGCAUGAUCCAGCAGCUCGACAGCAGGAGCUGCAUGCGAGACGCCUGCAAGAAGCUGAUGCGGAGAAAUCCGUGCGCUGCCGUCCCGCACGGAAGCCGCAGUCCUACGGGACCAUCUUUAGCUUGGACCCGGUGGAGAUCAACUUUUGCGGGGAGAUUCCCAUGGCCGAGCUUGUGGGAACCAAUGCAGAGGUCAGCAGCAUCUCAUUCUUGGCUCUCACAGCAGCUGCGGAGGUGGUAACGCUUGUGGAGAAGGGCGGCCCCAUUUACCAGCUGAAUGUGCUGUCUGAUGGUGACAGAGCGCGCUGGGACAUCACAAGACCAGCUGUAAGAACGUUUGGAGGAAACUCCUGCCUUGACUUCACGCAAUUCUGCGAAGUUGCGUCAGUGACACCGCUGCUGACUGGCUUUGUGGUGGUUGAUCGGAGCCGCAUCCAAGAGUUCAACGUGUCCUGGGGCGAGUCGGACUCCAGCGAGGUCGCUCUGUCUACUCUGGGGAAGAUGAACAUGGAAGCUCCCAUCCUGGGCGAGGCGGAGCUAUAUUUCCCGACCUUCCUGGCCAUGUACAAGCCGAUCAACCACACCCAUAUGAGCGAGAACUUCGAAAUCACCCCCUUGUUUCCUCAUGCACGCGAAAGAUACUUCUUCGUGUCGGACACAGGCAACCACCGUGUGAUCUUUCUCAACGCAACGAGCUACACGUCCCUGGAGUACGUGGAAUCCUUCGGGGUUUGGGGCGAGCCACGAAGCGACACAACAGGCCUGAAUUUCCCCAUGGGCCUGGCUGUCAUGGCUCCAACAGAAGAGAGCUACUUUGGCCCGACGAUAGCUGCUGUUUUUGUGGCAGAUCGUUGGAAUAACCGCAUUGUGAAGCUUCGAUUGGGAUACAGGAAUGAUCCCACGCUGCCACAGAACUACGGCGAAAUGCCAACUCUCAUGUGGGGCGGGCACUACUGGCGCGAUCCCACCGGCGCGGAGUACAACGAGAGCCUCAACGAUCCAGUGGGUGUGUCCAUCUACAGACACUUCAUCUUCGUGUGUGAGGCUGAAGGCAACGCCAUCACCGUUCUGACGACAGACUACAUGCAGCAUGACCAGAUGAUGUACGUCACUGAGCUCUACCCGGCGCCCGGGGUCCAGUUGACUGGAAGCUUCUCCACCACGGAACAAGGCUACCUUUGGUUCGCGUACAUCAAUCGGCCAUCAACCCAUGGGCUGGCCAGUAUUUACCUGCCAGAGCCCCUGGUUGAAUCGCCGCCUGCAUUAUGGAUCGAGGAGUUCCGCUCACAAUGCACCAACGCCACGAUUUACAACGCCUUCAUCAUGGCCAAUGCAACGCUGUAUGAUGAACAUGUCAUCUACGUGUUGAACGCUGCCCGCAUCAAUUGGCGAUUCCCGCAAUUGCCUAACUACCUGAGCAAGGACUCGUUCAACCUGACCAUAAUGUUCGAUUUGUAUCUUUGGAAUGAGACUGUGCUCGGGGGCAACAUGUUUUAUUGCCUUCCUCCACCUCCGGCGACCACCCCGCCAAUGUUGAGCGCCAACGAGGAUGGCUGGAACACUCCGGGUGGCACUGGAUUACUACUCACCGGCGCUUCAGCAAGAGUAGCCCUGGGUUUAGCUCAGUGCUUGAUUGUGAUGGUCAUGUGGCUGACGCCGAUGAUAGACAUCGCUUGACUCAGAGGUCGCUGAGUUGCUGCCAGUCGGACCCAGACUCGACGAGCUGUGAAACUGUGCCAUGGCGCGACUUCCAAAGGAACUCGCGACGGGCGAAAUGCAAAGAGCUCGCACUGUUCAAAGGAAUGCUUUCCCGGGAAAUGUGUCAAGAAACGCGAACCCGUUCGUUCCAAAAGGACUGAGACACCUACCUGUUUGUUGCC